UGGUCGGUGGGGCUCGUCCACACCCUCUCCUGCCCAGCACCUCCGAAAAAUAUUAGGCCUAAGCUCGAAUCCGCACUCGCACUCACAAUCGCAAUCGCAAUCGCCGUCGCUCUCCGCUGCAUGUUCGGGGCAACUUCCGUUUCCUCACGCACGCACACUUGCCACUUGCAGCGACGCAUCCUUUUUACGCAACGGUAGUUGUGCGGCGGCAAAGCGCCAAAAUUUUGGGGGUUGCAACGGCGAGAGGCCGAGAACGAGGACGAGUUCGAGUGCGUCGAGCAGGCCGACGGAGGACGAAGGACGAAGGACGAGCGAAGCCGAUUCCGAUGUUGAGCUCGAGGAGAGCCAAAACGCAGCGCAGGAGCAAAGGAAUGCGGUGCCGUUAGCCGGCGUUUUUUGGCGCCUACAGCUCGCCGUUUUCAGCCAUUUUCAACGGGCUCGCCGCUGCUUCGGUCGUUGUCUCUGCCGUCGGUUCUCAGCCAAGCCGCGCUGCCUCCGUCGCAUUUUCCUUUCGCAGCGCCGGCAGAGCAGUUCGCGAACUAUUCGCAACUUCGUCGCGAACUCAGUCGCAGCCUGAGAGCAACAACUACAAAGCAGUAGCAGUAGCAGUUGCUGCUGAUGUUGCUGUUGCUGCCGCUUCUGCUGUUGCCGUUGCCGUUGCUGCAACAUCAACGUUGCCUGCCCCUCGACGGCCCUCAGCUUUCCACAGGCACAGGCACUGGCACAGCCACAUCCACAGCCGCACAUCCACAUCCACGUCGUCGUGGGCCAUCGUCGUCGUCGUGUGUUAAGUUUGUUUUGAGUUUUUCCGUAUCAAAAUGUGCAAAACGAUUUCAGUCUAAUUCAGACGCUCGUGCUGAGAAGACUUUUGGCCCUGUUUGUUGGCCAAUACAGCCAUAGAACACUGAAACCGACACAGAAACGGAACUGAAAGCACACACUGAACACUGGACACGACGACGAGAACCGAAUCGAACUGAAAGAACGAGGCGGGCUAAUUGCCAAAUGGCCACGUAGUGCGCGUAACGUAACGAAUACGUUAAACACCCAUACACACACGCCCAGACACACACACACACACAGAGACUGGCACGCACACAGAUACGCACAUGUACAUGCCCACUCUCAGUUGAGCGUCGUAAUUGUCGCGGAUAUUUUUGAAUGCCUUCUUAAACGCUAUGUGAAGAGCGAGUCGCGUAACGAAUAACGAUCGCGUAACGUUUACGAUCACCGGUGAUCAACGAUCAACGAUCAGCUGCAGACAAAAUGGCGUCGGCGCAGGCGGAGACGAAUGUCGGCGUGGCGCCCGAACAGGGACCAGUGGCCCAGAGGCAGCGCAAGGGGACGGGAUCGGGCGCCGAUUCGCCCAAGAGUAACAGGAGCUCGCCCACUCAGCAGGAGGAGAAGCGUAUCAAAAGCGAGGAUCGCACUUCACCCACUGGCGGAGCCAAGGACGAGGACAAGGAGAGUCAAGGUCAUGCUGGAGCCGGAGGGGGAGGAUCAUCGCCCGUGAGUUCGCCACAGGGCAGGAGUUCUUCGGUGGCCUCGCCCAGUUCCAGCUCCCAGCAAUUCUGCCUGCGCUGGAACAACUAUCAGACGAACCUGACCACCAUCUUCGACCAGCUGCUCCAGAACGAGUGCUUCGUGGACGUGACCUUGGCCUGCGAUGGUCGCUCCAUGAAGGCCCACAAGAUGGUCCUGUCCGCCUGCUCGCCCUACUUCCAAACGCUUCUGGCCGAGACGCCCUGCCAGCAUCCCAUUGUGAUCAUGCGGGACGUAAACUGGUCGGAUCUCAAGGCCAUUGUGGAGUUCAUGUACCGCGGCGAGAUCAACGUGAGCCAGGACCAGAUAGGUCCUCUGCUCAGGAUAGCUGAGAUGUUGAAAGUGCGCGGUCUGGCGGAUGUGACCCACAUGGAGGCGGCUACGGCAGCCGCGGCUGCUGCUUCGUCGGAGAGAAUGCCCUCCUCGCCCAAGGAGAGUACUUCAACUUCCAGAACUGAACACGACAGGGAACGGGAGGCCGAGGAGCUGCUGGCCUUCAUGCAGCCCGAGAAGAAGCUACGCACCUCGGACUGGGAUCCCGCUGAGCUGAGGCUUUCCCCACUGGAGCGGCAGCAGGGCAGGAACGUGAGAAAGCGCCGGUGGCCCUCAGCGGACACAAUAUUCAAUCCACCCGCACCACCCAGUCCACUGAGCAGCCUGAUAGCCGCCGAAAGGAUGGAGCUGGAGCAAAAGGAAAGAGAGAGACAGAGGGACUGUUCGCUGAUGACACCUCCACCCAAACCACCACUGAGCAGUGGCUCCACAGCGGGAGCCACGAGGCGCCUGGAGACCGCCAUCCAUGCCCUGGACAUGCCAUCGCCGGCUGCCACGCCAGGACCUCUCUCCCGAUCCUCGAGACCUCAUUCGCAGAGCCCCCAGCAGCAGCAGGCACAGCAGCAGGGUCAGCUUCCUUUGCCCCUGCCCCUGCACCCGCACCACCACGCAUCACCCGCCCCACAUCCCUCCCAGAGCGCUGGAUCAGCCCACCACCCGCCAUCGCCCGCUGGAGACUCCCGUUUUUCCCUCGGACCCGCAGCCGCCAUGGCCGCUGCCAUGGAACUGAGUGGCCUGGGACCUGGUCCGUCCACCGAGCCACGCCUACCGCCUCCACCGCCGCACCACCAUGGCGGUGGUGGAGUUGGCGGUGGGGGAGUUGGAGGAGGAGGUGCAGGCGGAGUGGGUUCAGGCGGGGGAUCCUCGCUCGCCGAUGACUUGGAGAUCAAGCCAGGGAUCGCCGAGAUGAUCCGAGAGGAAGAAAGGGUAAGUUCCUGCGGUGACUUUCCUUUGGCCAACGCCAAAAUGAUGGAGAACUCGCACGCCUGGAUGGGCGCCACCGGAUCCACGCUGGCAGCAGACAGCUACCAGUACCAGCUGCAGUCCAUGUGGCAGAAGUGCUGGAACACCAACCAGAACCUGAUGCACCACAUGCGUUUCCGCGAGCGAGGUCCUCUCAAGUCCUGGCGGCCCGAGACCAUGGCGGAGGCCAUUUUCAGUGUGCUGAAGGAGGGCCUAUCGCUCUCCCAGGCCGCCCGCAAGUACGACAUCCCGUAUCCCACGUUCGUGCUCUAUGCCAACAGGGUGCACAAUAUGCUGGGACCUUCCAUCGACGGCGGGCCCGAUCUGCGGCCCAAGGGGCGUGGCAGGCCGCAGCGAAUCCUUCUGGGCAUCUGGCCCGACGAGCACAUCAAGGGCGUCAUCAAGACGGUGGUCUUUCGCGACACCAAGGACAUCAAGGACGAGAGCCUGGCCGCCCACAUGCCACCCUACGGUCGACAUUCGCCCGCGUUUCCUUUGCAGGACCUCCCUCUCAGCUAUCCCGGAGCCAGUGGCGCCUUGGCAGGCGCGCCCAGCUCCUUGGCCUGUCCGAAUGGCAGUGGACCGCAGACCGGAGUGGGCGUGGCCGGAGAGCAACACAUGUCGCAGGAAACGGCCGCCGCGGUGGCCGCCGUGGCGCACAACAUCCGCCAGCAGAUGCAAAUGGCAGCGGUUCCGCCCGGCUUAUUCAAUCUGCCGCCUCAUCCGGGAGUGGGCGGUGGAGUGGGCAGCGUUCCCGGCGCAGCUGGAGGCAGGGCCAGCAUAUCGCCGGCCCUGAGCAGUGGCUCCGGGCCCAGACACGCUCCCUCGCCCUGCGGGCCCGCCGGCCUCCUGCCGAACCUGCCGCCCAGCAUGGCCGUCGCUCUGCACCACCAGCAGCAACAGCAGGCGGCGCACCACCACAUGCAGCAGCUGCACUUGCAGCAGCAACAGGCCCACUUGCACCACCAUCAGCAGCAGCAGCAGCACCAUCAGGGCGGCCAUCAGGUGGCCCACAAGUCCGGUUUCGGUGCCAGCUCCAGUUCCUCAGCCUCCUCGUCGUCAAUGGGCCAGCACCAUGCGCCCAAGGCCAAGAGCAGUCCGUUGCGCAGCGAAACGCCUCGGCUGCACUCCCCGCUCGGCGAUCUUGGCCUGGACAUGGCCAGCUACAAGCGCGAGUUCUCACCCAGCCGCCUCUUCGCCGAGGAUCUGGCCGAGCUGGUGGGCGCCAGUGUCUCCUCUUCCUCAUCUUCGGCGGCGGCAGCGACGGCUCCUCCGGAAAGAGCGGCGGGAGCAGCUUCCGCAGCCGCAGGCGCAGAUGCACCCAGUUCCUCGAGCAGUGGAGGCAUCAAGGUGGAACCCAUCACCACCACUAGCGAGUAAAGGGGGGGUGAAACGAAGGAAAUGAUAAGUGAAAGUUGAGAAAUGAUAAUGGGUGAAUGAACGCAAAUCAGAAGCUUCGGCAGCUUUACUUGGCCUGCGUAAGCCUACGCCUUGGUUAAUUAAAUGAAUUUCAAUUAUAUAUUAUUUAUUGUACGUGGAAUCUGUAAACUGCAUUCCGCGAUUUAUGUCCAUAGAGCAAAUUGAUUGAAUUUGGCCCGAGGAAACCGCAUUAGGCAUUGCAUCCACAUAUUGUAAACGAGUUUCUCAAAUUACACGAUAUAUAUUACAUUUCAAAUUAGCCCUAUAACCAUGUGUAAAUAAACUAGAGUAAACGAUAUAUACGUUUUGAAGGUUUCCUCCAAUCUUUGUGUUUUUACCUCGAACAAUUCCUACACUUGAUAUCCAAUCGAAUUUACAAAUAAGCUUUAACCACGUUCUGUUUACCAUAUCAAAGUGUACAUUGCAAUCGAGUUAACCAAGGUGUGGGCUGGCGCAUCCAGCCAGUUUUACUCUAGUUUCCUCCACGCGAUCUUCGCCACCUAGUUUCUAUUCCUAGCGUACUUACUGAAUCAAAAUUAAAGUAUUAUUAUGUUAUAGUCCAUCAGUCUAACUAACUAAAUAGCGACCGAUCUCUUUAGUUGUAAGCUACAGCGGAGGUGGAAGCAGCAAACCCGGAACAUUCCACACACCAUCCGAAACAGACAAUGAAACUCCAAUGGAAACCGAAUCAGAAGCAGAAGCAGGAUCCACAAACCCCAGCAGUUUAAUAUUAACGAAAUGGAAUAAAAUCAAAAGAGUUUAAGCGGACUUAACUUGGUAAUUGUGUGCCCGAAUUUGGUUUAGUCUUUGGUUUACGAGAAGCGAGAAAGAAAAUGUACAAAAUUAUCUAAAAAUGGAAAUCGAAGCUUGUGGCUUCAAACGCAAAUGGAAUCAACUAAAUUUAAUGUUUAGGCUUAACAAAAAACAAAGAAAUUCACAAAAAAUGCCUUUCGGAAUUAAAUUCAGCGAUGAACACACCGCAAACAAAAUUUGUAAAAAGAAAACAAACAAAACACGUGAACUUUUUUAACGUAUUUAUACAAUCGAAAUUUUUAGACAAAAUUUAGAAGCAACAUUUUUUACACCGAGCCCUGCUGCUGCUCCCGCCGAACUCGAGGCCCCUGAUUUCGACAUUAUUGGAAACCCAACGUAGUCCCCGAAUUAAUCCCGAAUUGACCCCGUAGUCCCCACUAGAUCCCCUUCUAAAGUGCCUUUUCUAGCCUUAAUUUGGACUCUGCUCCACUUCCGAUCCGGCCGAGAGCGAGGCCAAGGACUUGCAGCAGGACUCGAGGGUUUAUUUGGCAAGUCUGGCGACAUUACGAUGGGAUUGAGUAUCGGAGGACGUAUCUUUAUUUGGCUAUAACCCUUUAGGCAUUUAGGCAUACUUUCGGCAGCGUUUGGUUUGGCAAGCACACAAUUGAUUAAUCGGACAAGAGUUAAUUACGAUGAUAAUGAUAAACACGACUAUUUUUGCAUACGCAAGAACAUCUACCAUAGCCAUAGCCCGUAUAUAAGCACACACGAUAUAUAAGUAUCUAUGUAAUCCCAGUCCCCCAAUAGACUUUGAUGUUCCACACGUAUCGAAACUUAACGAAUUACUUUCGGAAUAGGAUGUAAUAUAAGCAGUGGCAAGAGUUAGCGGCUAAAUCUCCUGGAUAUUGUGUAUCUUUGUACGAUCUGGAUCAGCGUCCAAGUCCACGUCCAAAACUCAACAUUUUCUAUAAACUUUAGUGCAAACUUUAUGUUCAAAUUAACUUUAAAUGUCGAAAUGAAUGUUCUAAUUAAUCCAAGAAAACAAAAACCUAAAAACGGAAAACCGAAAACCGAAACGAACAAAAGUAUUUUAUAAAAACAUUGAAAAGUAA